AUGUCGUCCAACAACACCUCGGCCAGUGUCUCCAUCGAUAAGUUCGAUGGGGACAACUACUCAACCUGGUGUCGCUACAUGCGCGGCGUGUUUCUGACAAAGUCAGUCUGGUACGUCGUGAACCGCGAAACGUCUCCAACCUUCACCGACACGCGAGCUUCCGACGAGUACGUCAAGGCGAGCAACAUCGCGUUCGGGUUGAUGUUGCUCCACAUGGACGCCGACUACCACCAUGUGGUCGACAACUGUGAAGAAGCAUGGACAGCGUGGUCGCGGUUGAAGAUGCUCUAUGGUGGGUCGCAGAAGGCGGGACGCAUCUACCUCAAGCGCCAGCUGUUCAGCAUCAAGAUGGCGGAAGGUGCCAACGUCUUGCACCAUUGCAACGAAGUCUUGAACAUCGGCGCCAAGCUCAGCAGCAUCGGUGCCAAGAUGGAAGACGAAGACAUUGCGAUCUGCUUGCUGCUCAUUCUCCCGAAGAGUUUCGAGAACGUGGUUCUGAACUUGGAGAUGAGCAAUGCAGAGCUGCGCACGCAAGAUGUGGUCAAGGUGCUGACUAACGAGCACAUCAAGCGACAAGGCGAGAAGAUGACAACGGCAACGACAACGUUGAAGACUGAAGAUGCGACAAAGGCAUUCAGUACCGAGCGCAAGCCCUACCAAUGCACAUACUGCGGCAAGGUGGGGCACACGGCAGAGCGUUGCUGGACGAAGCAAAAGGAUGAAAGUCGAGGAGCCCAACGCGGCGGCAAUGGUCGUCGACGCGGGGCAAACAAUGUCCACUGGCGACAUUAUGAUGAAGGCAACAGCUACGAUCGAGUGGCGUUUGCAGUUUCGUUCGAAUGCGGAGUUUCGACGAACAAGAAUGGACCAGGAAUGUGGGCCGUUGACAGCGGGGCAACACAUCACAUCUGCCACGACAAGUUCAAGUUUGCAAGUUUGGUCGAAGGCAAUGAUGGCGAGAUCCUGGUGGCUGAUGGCAACAAGGCGGCCAUCAAAGGUGUGGGGACCAUCGUGGAAAAGGUGAUUCUGCCAAACGGGGAAGAGCGCGAGAUCGAGAUCAAGAACGCGCUCUAUGUGCCCAGCAUGAGCAAAAAUCUGCUCUCGGUGCCGCAGAUUAACAAGCACGGCAACUUCCAAGUGGUGUUUGACGGGGAUACGAUGUACGUCGCUCGCAAGGAUUCCAAUCAAGUGGUGGCAGCUGCGGAUCUUGUAGACGGACUCUACUGGCUUCGCACGACGCAGCGAUCGGCCAAUGCGACAUCACUCAGCAACGCUGUUGAUCUACAUGCGCGAAUGGGCCAUGCUCCAGUCGACGUGCUUCGCAGGAUGGUGACAAGCCACAUGAUCAAGGACGCCCACAUCCCUUCCAAGCCGAAUGGAUCAAGUGUGUGUCGAGGAUGCCAAGAAGGGAAGAUGGUCCAAAAACCAUUCCCGAGCAACCGUGACAAGCGCACCUACAACACCUUCGAGAUGCUCCACUUCGACAUCUGCGGACCCAUGGAAGAAAAAUCUCUGGGUGGCAGCAAGUAUCUGCUGCUGAUCGUGGAUGAAGCCAGCGGAUGCAUGAAGGGUUUUUGUCUGCAUUCCAAGUCAGAGAGCGAAGAGUGCAUCAAGAAGUACAUCACGAUGAUACAGACGCAGUUCAACAAGAAGGUCAAAUUUGUGCGACACGAUGGAGCCCGCGAGUUUGCGACGAACUCGCUUCAAGAUUUCUACGAAGUCGAAGGCAUCGAGCAACAAACCACGGUGCCAUACGCACAUCAAGCCAAUGGAACUGCUGAACGCGCGAUUCGAACUAUCGUCACCAUCGGUCGUAGCAUGCUCCAUCAUGCCAAGUUGGACAAGUGCUUCUGGGCUGAAGCGGCAAUGACGGCCGUCUAUGUGAAGAACCGUUUGCCGUCACCCAAGAUUCCACACAAGACACCGUUCGAGAUUGUCUACAAUUCUAAGCCAAGUGUCAAGCACAUGCGCGUUUUUGGGUGCCAAGCAUACAUCUUGACCCCGAAGGAGAAACGACUCAAGUGGGAUCCCAAGGCCCGGGCUGGAUUGUUUUUGGGCUACGAAGAAGUUUCCAAGGCGUAUCGAGUUUAUGACAUCGAAGCGGGGCAGGUGAUGAUAAGUCGCGAUGUCAACUUCGAUGAGUCGGCCUUUGGAAUGUCGAUGCUGAUUUCCGAUGACGAUGUUGAUGGCCUGGACUUCGAAUCGAUCGAUCUUGAUGAUGAAGAACCGCGUCCGAGACACUUCAAACAAACAGGAAAGCGCAAGGCCCAACCCAGUCACGACAAUGACGACGCAAGCAUGCCCCGAGCAGUGCGCCAACGACCCGGAUUGGAAGAAUCAAGUGCGCCGGAUGACAUCUCUUCACGUCGAGCCAACGAAGAUGAAGAAAGGAAGUCGGAGGAACAACAUGACACACCGACUUCCUCCGCGUUUUGGCAUGCGACUUGCGGUGUCUUUCGUGCGGCCAAGUUACCCAACGGACAAAGCGCCAUUGGCACAAAGUGGGUCUUCAAGAUCAAGCGCAAGGCGGAUGGGUCGAUCGAGAAAUACAAGGCACGACUUGUGGCCAAGGGUUUUCGCCAAAAGUAUGGCAUCGACUACACGGAGACGUUCUCGCCCGUGGUCAAGUAUGUGACGCUGCGAAUGGUCAUCGCCAUUACCAAGCACUUUGGAUGGCCCCUCGACCAGCUCGAUGUGGUGACUGCGUUCCUGUAUGGAGUGAUGAAGGAGAAGGUGUUCUGCGCUGUUCCGGAAGGCGUCAAGAUGGAAGGUGAUUUUGACUGUCUCGAGCUGAUCAAGGCGAUCUACGGUCUCAAGCAAGCCUCGCGUGUUUGGAACGAGACCUUCGACGAGUUCAUACGCUCGAUUGGUUUUCAAGCGUCGGGAUUCGAUCCAUGCCUCUACAUCGUGACUUCGGAAGGCCAUUGUGUUUUUGUGCUGGUCUACGUGGACGAUGUCUUGGUGACUGGAAGCUCGCUCGAGAUGAUUGCGCGCACCAAGAACGACCUCAAGACACGCUUCGAGAUGACGGACAGCGGCAAGUGUGCCUUUGUUCUUGGGAUCGAGUUAUUGGACGGUGAAGAUGGCAGCGUGACUAUGUGUCAGCGCCGUUAUGUCGACGAUGUCCUCAAGCGCUUUGGAAUGGAUGAGUGCAAGGCUGUGGCAAGUCCGGUGGACGUCAGCUCUCGACUGGUUCCGAGCAACUCUGCAAGCAAGGUGGAUGUCCCAUUCCGUGAAGCAGUGGGUGCUUUGAUGCAUCUGACGACUGCAACGCGACCGGACAUCGCCUAUGCUGUAAGCUUUGUGUCACGGUUCAUGGAGAAACCCCAAGAAGAACACUGGGUUGCAGUCAAGCGCAUCUUCCGCUACCUACAAGGCACCAAGAUGCAUGGAAUCUGCUACAAGCCAAGUGCGAAGAUCGACUUUCGUGGCUAUUCAGAUGCAGACUGGGCCGGUGACCUUGCUGAUCGCAAAUCGACGUCCGGCUACGUCUUCAUGCUAUUGGGUGCUCCGGUGAGUUGGGGCAGCAAGAAACAGCCAAGUGUGUCACUGUCUACAAGCGAAGCGGAGUACAUCGCACUCAGCCUGGCGAUCCAAGAAGGCAAGUGGAUCAAUCGCUUGCUGUGCGAGAUCAUGGCGGCUGCAAACGAAGAAGGACCCGAGCUCGUCAUCCGUGAAGACAACCAGUCGUGCAUCAAGAUGACGAAGAAUCCGGUCAACCACGGCCGCGCUAAACACAUCGACAUCAAGUACCAUCACAUCCGUGAUGAAGUCAAGCGCGGCGAAGUGAAGCUUGAAUACUGCGAGACGACGUUGAUGCUGGCGGACAUCAUGACGAAGGCACUUCACGGACCGCGUCACAAGGAGCUGACAGAGGCGCUUGGCAUCCGUGCGUGUUCGGAUUGA